AUGGCCGACCGCAGAAGUGUGCGGUCUGCAAGCCGGCGCAAAACACCUACUCCACAACCACCGGCCAAUGCGCCUGCACAACAAUUCGGACGCGCAUCGCGAGCGAGAAGUUUGCGCAGCGCCAGUCGCGAAGUAGAGGAUUUUAUCGACAUCCAGAAGCCCACACGUCGAAGCGCGCGACAAGCGAGCGUGACUACGAACGAUGGAAGUGAACAUGAGGCACCAAAGGCGCGCAACACAAAGCGCAAACCCGCGAAAGAGCUGUUGGGAGACCUCACAGUGGUUGAGGAAAUAGACACCGAGAUUGCCCUUGAGGAAGACGAAGUCCCAGGUACACCAGCGCGCACCGAGCCUGACGUAACCUUCCGCUCACCGGGCGCCGCCUCCGAGAUGUCCGGAACCACUGCCAUCACCUCCUUCAGCAUGAUAGAGGCCGAAUUCCUGGAGCCCAGAUACAUCGUCAAGCAUCUGCGCAAGCUAUGCGAGGCUACAGAGGAUUUUCUGGAGCACAUUGCGCCAAAUCACGCGGCAAUAGACGAUGAUCUGCAAAACAUACAAGAGAUGCGAAAACCCGGCUCAGUCUACAGCAAAGAUUACCAGGACUUCGAAGACGAACUGAACACGCAGUUGAAGCAUUACAAAGGCGAAGAACACAGCUACAUACACAUCAGAGCAAUUCACCGCGCUCUUUUUGGGACAAGUGAGGAUGUCACAGCAUCACAGAGUGGCCUCGAUCUGAUCCUCUACCUCACCAAUCUACUGGUGUUAGCGAAGCAGAUAAUGCAUUCAGAUCGAGAUGAUAAGAGUAUGUGGGAUGUACUACGACAACUAGACAUUUCGUUCCCGACUCAGUUUCUGCAGUCGCUCGAUUCGGACGCGCAACAGUCAGCUGCAGGAGAGAGUGCGCUAUACAAUGAGACCUUUGAGCUUGCGCUAGAACUGCGGACACAACUAGCAAUACUCGUCCUUCAGAAAUCGACCGACAACCCCAGCUUUGAUCCCACAGAAACAAUGGAGGAGGUCUUCUUUCGGUCUGACUCGUCACAGUCGGUAGAAGCUGGCUCGCCGAUCCGUGGGUGGAGCACAGCAGCUUUGGGCGGUGACGAAUCAGCGCUACCCGAAGAAUUCGAGGACCAGAUUGUGACCCGAGUAGACCAGAUCCGAGCCUCUUUCUUCUGGGAUGGGCAAGAUAGCCAAGCUGUUGACUUGCAACAACUUAAGUCAAACUUUCCGUGGGUGGCAACUGUUCUUCGCCUGUUAGAUUGGGUGCGUCUUCGGCACAAGGAACUCAAAACGACCGUCGAUAAUCUUGGAGGACCAAACACUAUCAUGCGUAACCUCAAAGAAGCCCUAGAGGAACCUCAGCACGUCACUCAAACAGCGCCAUCUGCUCCACGAGAAUCAUUGCGUAAAAAACGAACUUCGUUUGGACGAGACAGGCGGCGCAGUAGCCGUAAAUUUGACCCAAAUGCGAAGGUGGAUUUGCGUGCUAUUGAUGUUUUGAAAGAGAAAGAACGUGAUUCGGGUGUACAUCUGGAACUCGCGGCUUCUCAGCCUGAUCGUGAAGAGACUCUUGUUCAGCAACCAGUUGAGGAGAUGGAGAAUGAGCAACCGGGAAUGGACGACCAGCCACAAGACGAACAACAGACCAUGGUCGGAAGCGACACGGCUUCUCAGCAGGAGCAUGAGGAUAUUCCUCAAGCGAUCGAAAAAGUGCAGAACGAGCAGCCAAGGACGGAAGACCAACAGGAUAAUAUGCAGGUGGUAGAUGAAAGCGACGGACCGCAGCAGCCCGAUGAGGAGCAGUCUGAACAGCAACAACCCCGACAACAAACGGCGGAAGAAAACGGAAUAGAAGAGCCCGAAGAACCAGUCGAAGAGCAGGUCGAAGCACCUCAAGCAUCAGGCCCACCGCAAAGCUCAGCAGCUCUACUAAAAGCUCUAAAGGCUGUUCCAAAGCCGCAGAAAGAGAACCGCCCAGUAUCAAUAUUCGAUCGCCAACCAACAGCACAGCGCAUCGAAUUCGGCGACGGCUUCGACAGCACCCAGCCAACACCUGGCCCGUCAAAUACAGCCAAAGGAAAGCAACCCGCAUUGCCAUCCCCACGCAAACGUAAGCGCGUAAUCGACAUCUCCGACUCAGAAUCCGACGAAUUCGAAACCGCAGACCGCGGCUUCCGUGCCCCAGAACGGCGUCGCAACGCGCCCGUCUCAAAGAAACAGCGCACCGCAGAACCCAUACCCUCUUCCUCCGCAGCACCAACUAGCCACCAGCCCCCUCCCCGCCCAGAAUCCGAACAAGAAGAAUCAAUCUCCGAAAUCUCUGCGCCCUCCAUGUCCGAAGAACCGCCCUCGUCAACCUGGCCCGACCAACGGCGACUCGCAAAAGAAAACCGCGCUCUCGAAGUCACCACGCAAGAACGGGCGGCCGAACGCAAAGGCCGCCAGAAGUGGACGGACGACGAGGAAGACGCGCUGAUACAGUAUAUGAACAUGUACCGGGGGAAAUACUCGAAGAUUCUGCAGCAUGAUCAGGAUGAUCAUGGGCCGAGGAGGUUGAUCAAUAGGAAUCAGGUUAAUUUGAAGGAUAAGGCGAGGACGAUGGCUUUGCAUAUGAUCAGGUAA